AUGAGUGUUGCAGCGAUAGCAGCUACGAUACGUUCAGCCUUUAAUCCGAAGCUGCUGAAACCUUCUAUUAGAGUCGAUGACUUCAGUGCACUUAAACGUAAAGGAAUCACAGGAAUAGUUAUAGAUAGAGAUAACUGCUUAACACUCCCAAGACAGGAUUACGUUAUAGAAGAAAUACAGUCCAGCUGGGAUGACUGCAAAAGCGUAUUUGGUAAUCGUUGUGUCAUUUUGUCGAACUCUGCCGGUACAUCUAAAGACCCGGGACUUAUACAAGCUAAUGUUGUUUCACGGAAUACAGGUGUAGAUGUUCUUGAACACAGUGAUCCUAAACCUUCCUCAAGACUCAAGGCACCAUUGGAGGCUAGAUUUGGUGCACUCAACAACGUGGCAUUUAUCGGCGAUAGACUGCUAACAGACGUCUAUAUGGCUAAUAAUUUCGGUGGUGUUUCAAUC